AAAUCCCGCCGCACGAUUGGUAGUCGCAUUUCACCCCGAUUAUUUGUUACCCGAACGUCGCUUUACAAUCGUAACUUCGCGUUACCCGUGAACGGUAACAAAGAAACCGGCAAAAUUAACGGCACGAAAUGUCCGACAUUAUUGAAAACGAAGACGUUAGUCACGUCGGUAACGGUGAGGAAUGCGACCCGGACCCCCAAUUCAAACCUAUAAUCACACUGCCGGAGGUCGAGGUGUCCCUGAAUGAGGACCAUGAGGUGGAAAUGCUCAAGAUCAGGGCUAAACUGUACAGGUUCGACUCGCACAGUGACCCACCGGAGUGGAAGGAAAGGGGCACAGGUGAAUUGAAGCUGCUGAAAAACAAGGAGAACAGUUCGAUGCGCAUUGUGAUGAGGAGGGAUAAAACGUUGAAGAUCUGUGCAAAUCACUUCCUCACACCCAAAAUGGAGCUCACCAAAAACGUCAGCUGUGAUAGGGCCUUUGUUUACACGGUUUUCGCCGAUUUUGCGGAUGAGGAGCUGAAGUCUGAGCUCUUUGCUGUUAAGUUUGGCAGUGUUGAAAAUGCAAAUUUGUUCAAAACCAAGUUUGAGGAAGCACAGGAAAUAUUGAAAAAGGAGUGUAACUUAUACAAUGGUACUUUGGACCAUGAACAUGAAGAUGAGAGUGAAUCAGAGACGGAAGAUUCAACUGAAGACAAAGAGAAUAAGGAGGCCAACUUGGAGAUUACAUCAAAACUGUCAGAGCUAGAUGUUAAUAAAAAAGAGGAUGAAAAAGUUAAAAAAUAAUAUGCAUAACUUGUAAUUAGUUGCAUAUUUAUACUACACUGAUUUUAAUGAAUGUCUUUUGUACAGACUGAAAUGUCAUGAGUAUGUUUCAGUUAAUAAUAUGUUAUAGGAUAUUUUUCGAGUGUUUUGACAGUGCAUUCCGUAAUAUUGGUACGAAAACGUGUAUUUUUAUAUAGAAAUUAUUUCUGCAAAUAAUAAAAGAGUAAUUUUUAUAA